CCGGUAUGUUUUUGACGAUUUCUCAUUCUACCUACCAAGCAUUAACGCGUGCCUAGUAACUGUUCUUUGAUAAUGCAAAGCAAAUAAUUACGAUUGUUUGGUCAGUUUUUGUAUUUUUAUAAAAUAUAAUCUAUACCGACGUCCAGUGAUCUGACGUAUAGGAGUCUGUUUUAUAUACUCCCAUGUUUGUUGAAUAUAUUUUAGUGACAUCUAAAUGAAAUAGAAUGACACUUGUUUGAACGAUAUUGGAAUAGAAUUUGUUGUGCGAGCACUCAUAAUCGUUGAGCUAUAUUUACACCUGGUUGUUUAGAAUCGCGACUUGUCUCGAGUAGGACUUACUGCUAGUUCAUGCGUGUCGUGCAAGUUUUGUUCCGCUGAUAAUACUCAUUACUCACGACAUGAAUUAGAGGUUUUACAAGGCAGGAAAACCAAAACAAAUAUUUUGAGUGGGCAAAGUUUCCACGAAAUAGAUGGAUUGUCGUGAAUUUGUUAUUAAAGUUGACUGACAACAAUGAUGGCCUCCUCGUUGAUUUACACUAACAGUGGAAUUGUUUUGUUGACCAUCAGUUUGAGCCUACUUUCCCGGCUGAGUUUUGGACUGUCGUGUGAGCCCUGCUAUGAAAGGGAAUGCGUGCGACCAAUUUGUAAAGGAGGCCUCGUAUUUGAUGUAUGUAAUUGUUGCCCGGUCUGUGCUAAGAUUGAAGGGGAAAAAUGCGGUGGUCCAUGGGGAUUAUUCGGUACUUGUGACGAUGGAUUACAUUGCAAAGGUGGCCGAUUUUUUGGGGAUCAUGUAAAAGAAGGAGUUGAAGACGAUUUAGGUGUCUGUACAGCACUAGAGUUGGAAAGGUCAUCAGGAGAUCACGAAGACUGCGUACAAACGCUGUUCUCUGGAUGCAAUAUUCGUAAUGGUGUGUGUCAAUGCGACAAUGAUGUCCUUGAAUGCGACAACCCCUUUGCUUAUGCUAAUUAUGCUCUUUGUCAGGAUGCCUUGUGGCGGAUUGCCUCUGAAAACGGUGCUCUUGGCCCAGCUGGUAGUAUUCCACCCUCUGCACUGUUGAGAGAAGACACAUCUAAAGACUGCUCCAACAUCAAGUGUGUCAUUGUAAACGUUGCAUGUCCAAACGAUAGCAUCACUGUGAUACCUCCAAGUGACCCCACUAAAUGCUGCGACCCGCCCCGCUCCUGCCGUUGUGAUACAAGUAGGUGUGACGAUAUCAUUUGUGCAGGCGGCUAUGAGAAGGUACUCGUUUCAGCAGGAGAUGGACAUCCUGGUACUUGCUGUGAUCAUUUCCAGUGUCGUCCGCUAACCCCCUCUUCAGAUUGCAGUAAUGUUGAAUGUCCUCCAAGUUUGCCACGCCUGUGUCCGGUCAAUUCACGAUACAUCUCUGGUGGCGUGUCUGCUGAUGGAUGUUGUCUGCUACCUAGCCGCUGCGAAUGUGCUUCAGAGCUAUGUGUAAUGCCAACCUGUGAAGAAGGCUAUGAACUAAGGUUAAUAGCAGAGGGGCAAGGCGAUCCUGACAACUGCUGUCCUGUUUACAAGUGUAUUAAUCAGUCAAUAAAGGAUGGCUGUACUUAUCAAGGAAUCCCGUACAGGCAUAGAGAGACGUGGCAACCUGAAACUUGUCGCAGGUGCGAGUGCUGGAAUGGCAUUUCACGUUGUAUGCCUAUUCCAGAUUGUCAAGACUUCACUAUCCCACCAACGAUUUUAAAAGCCUUAUGCGAGGUUGACGAAGGGCUCUACGAACAUGGUGAUGAGUGGGAUCAUGAUGACUGUACAACAUGUCGUUGCGUACAGGGCAAGGUUCAAUGUACUGGUGCUUCCUGCGCAAUCACGUGCAUGAAUGCGAAGAAGAUACCGGGAGUUUGCUGUCCUGUAUGUGAUGAGCCAGAUAUAAUAACAGUUCCAUCGCUUCCAUGCCCACAAUUAAACUGUAGUUUGGACUGUCCUCACGGAUUCACAAAAGACAAUGAAGGCUGUCCUCUGUGUAAUUGUGCAGCAGUUUCCUGUCCUGAACUGAGUGACUGCCCACUUCAUUGUGCAAAUGGAUUGGCUGAGGAUAGUCAGGGUUGCAGAAUAUGCAGCUGCAAGUCUGAUCCAGCCAAGUGCUCACCCGUGAACACUUGUUCCAAGUACUGUAUCUAUGGGUUCCAGAAUGAUCGAUGGGGAUGUCCACGGUGUAAAUGCAAGCGGUGCCCCGAUUUGACUGAUUGUACCCUUCAAUGCCCCAAUGGCUUCAAGAAAAAUGACCGCGGCUGUAACAUAUGCCGAUGUGCAGUAAAAUUAACAGAAACUCCAAAGCCUGUGACAGUUCUAGUGGACCUUGGUUCCUGUCAGUCAUUCAGCAAACAGUACGAGGACAGUGAGAGUUGGCACGAUGGCUGUAGAGAAUGCUACUGCCACAAUGGACAAGAAAUGUGCACACUUAUCGCAUGCACCGUUCCAGCUUGUGAAAGCCCUGUAAUCAGAACGGGUGAAUGCUGUCCUAGUUGUCCAGAUUCGGAAUCAAACACUAUCCCGCAUAUAAAUCUGAAGGUAUGUCACUCGACAGGAGGCCAUUACUACGUAGAAGGGGAAACCUGGCACAUCGACAUGUGCACCAAGUGCGUGUGUCACAACGGCCAUGUCUUAUGUUCUGUUGAGGCGUGCCCGCCAUUACCUUGUGAUCAUCCAAGCAUUGAUGAAAACAAAUGCUGCCCUCACUGUUCAGAUAUCCACACUGAUGGUUCAGGCGAUACAGAGAACAUGCCAUGCGAGGAGACUGAUGGUCUUGUGUAUGAAGAUGGUUCCACCUGGAAAGAGGACGAUUGUACGAGCUGUAAAUGUGAGAUGGGUGAAGUCACAUGUUAUUCCAACACCUGUCCACCAGCUAACUGUAAGACACCCGUAUUGAGGAAGGGACAGUGUUGCCCGUCCUGUUUACAAGAACCAGAGAAAACCUGUGAGAUUUCUGGUGCCGUGUACUUGGAUGGCCAGCAUUGGACUACAGAUCGCUGUAUUCUCUGUGUUUGUCAACAGGGCAUACCAGUCUGCACUCUACCAGAAUGUCCGCAACUGAAGUGCAAAAAUCCAGUUAUGUUACCUGGAGAAUGCUGUAAAAAAUGUCCCUCAGGUGGUGAAAAUACCCCGUCUGUAAUCACGCUGAAAUUUCCAGGUGGGAGAACAACAAGCAAAACAUUAUCAGAUAGAGCGAGACCAAGAAAUCCAUUUAAAUUGUACACUCUAGUGCCAACUAGAAUAACAAUCCCAGAGGCAGAUUCAGAGCCUUCUUCAUUUCCAGUUCUUCCGGUAGCAUUGGCAAUUCUUGUUGUCCUCUUGGCUGUAUUGAUUGUUAUUGCAAUGUUUUUGUACGUCACAAAAUGGAGGCAUCAUGUGGACUAUCAAAUUAAAUCGAAACCACUACCACCGCCUCCUGUCACAAUCAUGUCAAUAAAGAAAAAGAAUGUGGACGUUAAGAACAGUAACAGGGAUUCUAUCCGUGAUUCUGCCAACUUUAAGGAAAAUAAAGUACAGGGGAAUAUGUUUCAAGAUACAAAAAGGAAUCUGGACUCUAUUGAUAUGAAACGGUUAAGCGACUACUAUGGUGUUGGCAAAAGUAUUCAACCUGUUUAACGCACAUAUGCUUUUUUCGUUCCAGCAUGAGUGUGUGUGUGUAUAUAUACAAGAGCGUGUGCUUGAGUCUAUUGAUCUGUGCAUUGUACAUACUCGUAUCAAAAUUUGAAGGGUCUGUGUUAAAGCCUAAAGAAGUUUGAAUGUGUGGUGGCAGUCUACACCAUGGAGAGAAAGUACUAUAAAUAAAAAUAUGCGUCUUGGUGCUAGUAAUAAAUGGUUAAGUAGCUUAUUUAACCUAUCGUCCUGUUUUUUUUUUUGAUGUACAAAUUUGCCUCAGUGUUAAUGUGUGUGAUUGUGUGUAUUUAGUAUUCAGUCAUGCGCACUCUAAAAGAGAUGUCUUUAUACCUGAAUGAUAUGCUCAUUAAAUUUUGAGUUGGUAUUAUAAGAAAAUAAGUCUGAGGUAGCCUUUACAGUCUGAUUGAUAUAUACAAGCAAUUGUUUGUCUGUCAGACAACUUUUGUUUUGAACAGAUAGUGAAUGCCCCGCUUCAAAUGCUGUGUUUGAUCAAGAAAAUGUCCAUGAAGGUUGGAAGUACUUUUAGUAUCAGACAUACUUAAGUGAAUCAGAUAUAAAUCUGAUAGCAUAUGCACAUGUUAUGUAGCUAAGAGACUGUAUAAUAAACUGAGAAAACAAUAUGAAUUAAAAUUAAAUAUUCCAACUUCCUAAUUUUGCAGCUUUCUGUGUUGCUGUAUACUUCAAUAUAUUUUUAAUAUUUAAUGGUAUUUAAGGAACUUUGUCAAUUCUUUAGCUUUUGGUUGCUAGGAAAUCCAUUCUUUUUUCCAUUAUAAAAUAUCAACAUGUAACAAUGUAAUUUAAAUUUGCAUAUUGUUCUUUUUAUACAUUCGUAAAACUAACUUAUACCAAAGGUUUUAGAUACAUAUCCAAUAUGAUGAUUGUAAGUUUUGGGAAUUCGUCUUCUUUUUUUGUAGCUGUAAUAAUCAUGGCGAUAAACUUUCAUUGUUUUUACAACCAAAAUGUGUAUAAAUAGAUUUUGGAAGUAGGGUCUUGUGAAAAGACAGUAGGCGUUUAUGUUUCAAGAAAAUUUAAUAUAGUAAUUACAGAUUCCAUACUUUUUACAAAAUACUUUCAAACAAAAUUUGAUUAGGAACAAUAUUAUUGGAAAAACAAUGAUUAAAUAUUUUACAGGUAAAUUAUUCUGGGUUCUGUUUUAAUUUAAGGAAAUGUGAACCUAUGAAAAUGAUUACAAUUUAAUUAAUUCUCAGUGAUAAAAUAAUUAUUUGAUUAAGCUCAGCUUAAUGAUAUUAAGGAAUGAUAAGUAUGAGUCUAAGAGAACUUGAUUUCUCUUGGUUUAUUAUACUAUAUAUCAAAUAUAUAAUAGAUGCAUUUAUAUGAUGCGAUGAUAGAUUUAUUUAAUUGCUGAUUAAGUUUUAGAAGUAAAUCUACAGAGAAUAUAUUGUUUAUGUGACAGUUUUAUACUUUACUGUUAAACUUCUUUAUUAAUUAAGAGAAUCAUAAAAAUUAAGUGUAUAAGGUAUGAAAAUUGGAAUGUCAGUGGGAACUAGUUACUCCUCUCGGAAAUCAUAAAUGAAAAUGUUUUUGGCCAUGAAAAAUCUGUCUGGGGAAAAAAGGCUAAUGCUUUUAAUUUAGCAUCAAACAAUUAUACCUUCAAAAUAAGUUAUUAAUAUUUUUAAGUUUUAAUGUUAUUGGCUAUUUUUAGAUGUUGCUUUCUGAUUAUUUUGAUAUACCCAAAUUAAAUAUAUUAUUAUAAUUGCCAUUUAAGUAUUAUUACUAUUAUAAUUAUUAUUAUAGAAAAAUAUUUUGUUGUUAUCAUUAUUAUAAAUAUUCAUUUUAAAUGAUUUUUUGCCCUAGUCAUCAAAAUAAUAUAUGUAUGCUGAUAGUGACAUUGUUGAUUUAAUACUAUAUUUGAGACCACAGUUAAUAUCAUGCUUCUUAAAAAACAGAAAAUAAUCUGGAUAUAUGAUCUCCAAAAUAUUCGCCGCUCAAAGAAAUGAUGAUGAAAAAGUGAUAAAACACAAUAACAAAACACUCUCUCUUGCCAAUCUUGGCUUUUUAAAAGUUGCAUUUUUUUUAAAGAUAAUAUUGUGGGUGGGAAGAUUUUAGUUGUUUCAUCAACAAUUAGAUAAAACAUAUGGGAUAUGGGAUUUAUUCCCUCAGAUAUGAAUUGUAUUUGUGUAUGAUGUUUUUAAAUGGAUUCAUUGUUAUGUAAUAACGCAGUGUAAGAGGCUAAUGUAUUAACAAGUCAUAUAUUUUUAUAGUUUAUUGCAUUCUUUUCAACUAUAUAAUAAAAUUGUAUUAUGUUAUGUAGAUUUUGGCCACCGAAUGAAAAAAUGUGUGUGAAGCCCAUAUAGAGAAACGAAGUGAGUUUAUAAUUAUAUCAAAUGCUCAGAUAAUAUAUUAAACAAUGGUACAGUACAUUUCAGAUAAUGUACAAAAUUCAAAACAAAUCCCAUAUUGAUGUUGGAAAGUAUUUUUAUCAGUUGUUUCUGGAGGGUUCAUUUAAAUUGCAAUCAUAUAAAAUUCCAUCUCUAAAGAUAAUUGUAGACUUUUUUUGAAGAUUAAUAAAAUUCACACUUAUAUGUUUAAUGAUGGAUUCCUUUUGCAUUCAACAGCUACAUCCUCCUAUGUAGUUGUCGCAUAGUCACAUAGUUUUGAGGUACCUGUAUGUAUCAGCAUGCAGUUAUUUAACGUUGUCUUCACUCAUGUGGAGGAAAACGUCUAAAUGUAUCCAAAACUUUACUUCCAAAAGAGAUGGUCGUAACAUGUUAGUGUGGUAACCGUACAUGUAGGCCUGAUGCAUUGUGGUUGCCUUCUCAGGUUGACUUGUACUUACUCCCACAGUGGUGUGGUGCUACUACCUUUCUUCCUGGUUCCAAGCAAUCAGCGAUGUUAUUUGCUAUUAAUGAAAGAAUAGCUUUCCAUUAUGAUUAAACCUUUGUUUUAUCAUAUAUUUAGUUUCGGUAUUAUUUUUAAUGCAGUUACAAUUUAGGUUUAUGUACAGUAAGAAGUAAUGCUAUCCCUUGGUUACACUGUAAUGUCUGAAUUCCACUAUUUUUCAAAUAUUCCAGAAAUAAAUAAGGCCUAGAUUGUAUUGUGAACCAAAGAGCAAGAACGUAGUGUGACACUGUGUGUGAAUGUACGCAUGGCAUUAUUUGAAUCUCCAUUGUCACAUAAUUUUGUGUGACAUUGCUUGAAGCAGCAAAGAAACAUGUUCCGCACAUUUGAAACAACUUGUAUGUGUAAUUAGAAUUUGAUGUAUCCUAAAAGGUUGUAGGUCAAAUGUAAAUUAUGCUUGUAUAUUUGUGAAACAAGAGUGCAUGAAAUAUUUGGAAUAAAGGGGCAGUUGUCACAUUUUGUAA